GCAUUGAACUGACCUGCAGCAAUACGAAUGUUAUCGCUAAAGGAGUGGAGUCAUGCUUUGUUGCCUGAGCUAAGCAUCAUUUUUAUGUUUCGACACGACCGGGCAAGAAGGUCAUGGCAUUUGUUUUACUCAGUCUUAUGGUCAGGCACAUGGUACGCAAAAUCACAAAUGCUAGUUGCUUGGGCACGCUGUGACAGUUCAUGCACUGCAAUAUAUAAUCGCUUUUUGGCGAAGAGGAGGCACAUAUCUACUUAAAACAGACGGCUGGUGUCUGUGUCACGGUGAGUCGCGCCCGUUCACCGUUCAGGGACACUGGACAGAGUCUCCGUCGUGGCAGCAGUGGUAUUCGGGCGCACGGUCUCGCGCGGGUCGGUCGUGCCGUCUCGCCUCCCUCAGAACCUGCGCAGUGCGCACAGACACUGCCGUGGGUCGGUCCGUGGCCGGGUCGGUCGUGCCGUCUCCUCUCCGUCAGAGACAGCACAGAGAACCGUGGGCCAGUCGCGUCACUGUCAGAGUUGCACAGACAGCCUUGUGUCGCCGCUAGCUGAGGGUGCCGGGAUGGGGCUGCAUACCGUCCAAUUGUUGACAGUCGCCGUCUGGAACGUCGCUCUACCGGCGCUGAUUACGGGAAUCGUCCUCCUUCUGAUCCGGCGAUGGCAGCGGUUCCGGGUGCUGCAGGGUCUGGGGUACCGGGUGCCGCCGCACAGCUUCCUGUACGGCCACGCCGACCGGCUGCUGGGCCGCUCCGGCCUGGACGAGGCCCGCCGGCUGCUGGCAGAGUACGGCGUGCGCUACGGCCGGCGCGGCGCCACCAUGGCCGUCUACGUGGGCGCCACGCCGCACCUCUGGACCACCGACCCGGACCUGAUCCACGAGCUGUGCGUGCGCCGCGCUGACCAGUUCCCCGACCGGCCGGCCAACGCCAGCCCGCUGACCGACGAGCUCCAGCAGACGCUGCUCACGCUGAAGGGGGCGCGCUGGCGGCGCGUGCGCUCCGUGCUCAGCCCGGCUUUCACGGCGGCCAAGCUGCGCGGCAUGGCACCGCUGAUGGCCGACGCGACCGGCACCUUCCUGCAGUUGGUGGAGGAGGACCGGGCGGCCGGCCGCGCCUCCGACUUCUACUCGGGCUUCCAGCAGCUGACGCUGGAGGUGAUCUGCCGCGCGGCGCUGGCCAUGGACGUGCGCUGCCAGCGCGACACGCGCCACCCGCUGGUGCAGACGGUCAGCGCGCUGGUGGCCGGCGUGCCGCUGGUGGCCCGGCUGCGCCAGCUGCAGCCGCUCACCGGCCUGGUGCGGCCGCUGCUGCGCGCGCUCGGCGCCACCGGCCGGCUGGUGCGCCACAAUGAGACGAUGGCCGCCUGGCUGCGCGGUGUGGUGGCGCACCGGGAGGCGGCGGCCGCCGGCCCGGAGACGGCGCUGCCCAAGGACGUGCUGCAGCUGCUGCUGGACGCGCGCCGGUCCUCCGCCGACCGAGAGCCGCUCUCGGAGGACGAGCUCAUCUCCAACGCCUUCAUCUUCGUGCUGGCCGGCUACGAGACGACGCGGACGGCGCUGUCGUUUACCUCUUACCUGCUGGCUGCCCACCCGGCGGUGCAGCAGCGGCUGGCGGCCGAGGUAACCGAGCAGCUGACUGCCGGGCCGGACGGUGAGCUCGACUGUGAGCAGGUGCUGUCGCUGCCCUACCUGGAGCAGGUGGUGCAGGAGUCGCUGCGCCUGUUCCCGCCCAUCCCGGCCAUGUUCGGCCGCCGCGUGGCCCGGCCGGCCGAGGUGGGCGGCGUGCACGUUCCGGCCGGCGCCGUGGUGAGUGUGUCCGUGUUCUGCCUGCACCGCGACCCGGAGCUGUGGCCGGAGCCGGAGCGGUUCGACCCGGAGCGGUUCAGCGCCGCCGGCCGCGCCCGGCAGCAGCCCGGCGCGCACCUGCCGUUCGGGCUCGGGCCGCGCCACUGCAUCGGCAGCCGGUUCGCGCUGCUGCAGAUGAAGCUGGUGCUGUGCCACCUGCUGCGCAGGUACCGGCUGCUGCCGCCCCUGGAGCCGCUGGAGCCCGUGCUGGCGGCGCCCUCCCUGGCGCCUGCCUCCGGCAAAAUCGAGCUGCGCGUCGAACCCCGGUAGUGAUCGCCAGGACGUGACUGCACGGGAGCGGGACCAUAACCAUAAAUGGGCGUGUCGUAGAGGAUACAAUCUUAAAUCACUGUAUAGGGACGAGGGUUGCACGUUCAUGUUUAUCUGUGUAUGUAACCAGUGUUAAGGGCAGACUUGCAAAUACACGAAACAAAUACAAAUA